CCUCUUUUUAAAAUUAUUAACGAGUCUACCCUUUAGCAUAGUGGUUGGCAGUGUGUCUGAGUCACAAGUCUCACAUUGCUCAUAGAAUUGGCGUAUCACUGAAAGGUAUCGAGAUCGGGAGUCUAGGGUCUUGAAGGCAAUGGCUGGUGCAGGGAGUUCAAUGCUAUAUUCAUUUCUUUUGUUUGUUGUGAUUCUGUCUCUUCAGGAGGUGUACCGAGGCAAGUUGGCAUCAACUGAGUUAUUUACCAUAGUUGGAGGCUUCAUCAGUUCUCUACUAUUUCUUGUGUCAUUAACUUUCAUUGGUAAUUUCCAGGAAACAUGUGGCAUGAAGACUGGAUGGGGUGCUGUUAUGAUAGCUGGAGCAAUUGCUCUGAUUGCUGCAAGCACUGUCCAUCGAGUGUGCAUCACAACUUGUUUCUUGUUCUCAGCUGUACUUCUUUACGAGGUCAACAAGCUUUCAGGGUUGAUCCUUGCUAGAAGUGAAUCGAAAACAAAGCGACACUGAAAAAGAUCUUUUAUCUUAUUAGUAUGAACAUCCGCUGAUUAGAAAGUCAUUUAAUCUACCAUUCAUAAACACUUUUGAGAUCUAGAAGACGUUUCUUGAAAUGAAAAUUAUAGAAUACUCCUACCGAGAUAUAAUAUUUCUUUUUUGCAGUUAUUGGCCCCUAAUUAUCUAUAUCAAACGCGGCUGGAACAUCUUUUUUUUAUUAACAUUUUGAAGGAAAUUUGAAUUUGAAUUCUAAUA